CCUGAGCAGCUAUGCAGAGCCUGAGUAAUCGAGCUGCCUUGUCACAGCAGCUGGCCGCUGACCAAGCCCUGGGCGGAGCAAUGACUAACUGAGCCUCCUCUGGGAGGGAGGAGACAGUUAAAAUCUUGUGGCAGCUGUAAUCACCGAGGCAUGGUUCUCCUGUCUGACUUGGGCUGCACAGAGCCUGGGCUAAGGGGCAGAGGAAGGACGGCUUAGGCGGCGGAGACUUCCAGAUGGCUGAGUUGGAUCUGAUGGCUCCGGGGCCACUGCCCGGGGUCACUGCUCACUCUCUGGUCACUCUCAGCCCAGACCUUGGGUCAGCCAACCCGGCAGAAGAAGAGGACAUGGGCUCCCUGGGGAGUCCCCAUGGGGAGGCUGAGGGACAGGGCAGCAGCUCUGCAUCGCACGGGGGUCCUGGUGUCGAGGGGGAGGGGGAGAUCCUGUGUGACUUCUGCCUUGGGGCCAGCAGGGUGAGGGCAGUGAAGUCCUGCCUGACCUGCAUGGUGAAUUACUGUGAGGAGCACCUGCGGCCACACCAGGAGAACAGCAAACUGCACAGCCACCAGCUGACGGAGCCGGUGAAGGAGCGGGAUCUGCGCACCUGUCCUGCCCACCACAGCCCGCUGGUCGCCUUCUGCCACCACGAUCAGCAGUGCAUCUGCCAGGAGUGUGGCCAGAGUGAGCACAGGGGCCACCCCUCAGUUUCCCUGGAUGCUGCCCGCAGGGACAAAGAGGCUGAGCUUCGGCGCACCCAGUUAGACCUGGAGCGGAAGCUGGAGCUGAAUGAAAAUGCCAUCGCCAGGCUCCAAGCCAACCAGAAAUCUGUUUUGGUGUCAGUGUCAGAGGUAAAGGUGGUGGUCGAGGAGCAGUUUGGGGAACUCCUUGCGGCCAUGAGGAAGGCCCAGGCUGACGUGAUGCUCUUCUUGGAGGAGAAGGAGCAAGCUGCUCUGAGCCAGGCCAACGGCAUCAAGACCCACCUGGAGUACAGGAGUGCAGAGAUGGGGAAGAGCAAGCAGGAGCUGGAGAGGAUUGCUGACAUCAGCAACACUGUCCUGUUCCUGGAGGAGUACUGCAAGUUCAAGAACACCGAGGACAGCGCCUUCCCUAGUGUUUACAUAAGACUCAAGGAUAAGCUCUCGGGCAUCCGCAGGGUCAUCACAGACUCCACUGCGCACUUAGUCCAGUUGCUGCAGAACUACAAGGAAAAGCUCCAGGAGUUUGCCAAGGAAGAGGAGUAUGACAUCGGAACUCAAGUGUCUGCCAUUGUCGAGCGAAAAUAUCGGACCUCAAAGCCGGAGCCCAGCACCAGGCAACAGUUCCUUCAGUAUGCGUGUGACAUCGUGUUCGACCCCGACACAGCACACAGGUACCUCCGGCUGCAGGAGGACAAUCGCAAGGUCACCAACACCACGCCCUGGGAGCACCCCUACCCGGACCUCCCCAGCAGGUUCGUGUACUGGCGGCAGGUGCUGUCCCAACAGAGCCUGUACCUGCACAGGUACUAUUUUGAGGUAGAGAUCUCCGGGGCAGGCACCUACAUUGGUCUGACCUACAAAGGCAUUGACCGGAAAGGGGAGGAGCGCAACAGUUGCAUUUCUGGGAACAACUUCUCCUGGAGCCUCCACUGGAAUGGGAAGGAGUUCACUGCCUGGCACAGUGACACGGAGACCCCGCUCAAAGCCGGCCCUUUCCGGAGGCUGGGGGUCUACGUCGACUUCCCGGGAGGGAUCCUCUCCUUCUAUGGUGUAGAGCCUGAUGCCAUGACUCUGGUUCACAAGUUUGACUGCAAGUUUUCGGAGCCGGUCUACCCUGCCUUCUGGCUUUCCAAGAAGGAAAACUCCAUCUGGAUUGUGGAUCUGGGAGAGGAACCUGAGAAGCCAGCGCCAACUUCAGCGGAGGCUGCUCCCUAGACUCCAGGAUCUGUAUCUGAGACUUUUGCUAACCACAAAGAUGGGGCAGCAAUUUGGAUUUUAACAGCAACUUGGAGGCAGAAAUCUCUGCCAGUGGUGGGUGGCUUAGAAAUCGUAUGGGUCCCCGAGUGAGGAGAAGUGUCUUCAGCUUCUCCCUGUUGCCCCAUGCUGCACUGUUCUCCAUAUAUUUGUAGUAAUCCUCAGGCGCCUGAGUCUCUUUCAUCAUCUUUGAGUGAUAUUCUGCUGUUCGGUAACCAGGAAUCUUCAGAGCGAUCAGAAAGAUUUCAGAGAAAUCAUAAUAAAUUCCUAACUGAUUUGUCAUUUCCUUUGUCCCGGACACUGAUCUGAGGGCUUCCCGUGCAUUGACUCAACCCUCACAGAGGCCCUGUGGGGUAGAUGCUCUUAUCAUCUCCAUUUUGCAGAUGGGAAAAUAGUGGUCUGGGGGGUUAGUUAGCUUGCUCAAAGCCAUUGUGGUGACAUGGUGAGUGAGUGGCAGAGCUGGGAGUCAAACCUGGGCAGGCUGACGCCGGGAUUUUAAGACCACACCGUGCUGCCUUCCUCAUUAGAUCAUGGGUGCUGUGUGUAAGGGAAGAAACUACACGAUGAACUACAUGGCCUGGAAAGUGAGUGUCUUAAACACUCAGUCUCUUUGUAUCCCCACAUCUGACUGGCCCAUGCAGCUGUGCAGCGGCAGAGAGCUCACUCCCUCACACAGCUGCUCCUCCUGUGUUUGGACAGUGAGGAUUAAAAGAAAUGUCUUAACAGAGUUCAAGUCUCAGUCCCUGUGACCUGUGGGGAGGGGUCUCAUUUCUCUCUUCUGAAGUCACGUGGACUUGUCUAAUUUCUCAUUCAAAGGACAGUUCUUCAAAUAUUUGAAUGCAGUUCUCACACACGUCCUCCUGGGAUGUAUUCUUGUUUCCACACUCUGUUUCCCACUUUCCUUCAUGGUUUCCAGACCUUCCACUCCCCUGAUCAUUUCAUCCUUCUCUCGGCAGAUGUGCUGAGAUUAAUGGUGAAUAUUCAUCAAGCCGUUAGGUAAAUGAUAAGCAUAUUUAAAUGGGUUUCUGGGGACAUAACCUGAAGCCCUGUCAGGCCGCACCAGAAAAAUAACUCUGGGUCUUUUCCUGUGACCUGUGUCAAGGCAAGUCUCUUCCUCUUUGACCAGUCUGAUGGGCCUGUCUCGAGAGUACUUCAGCAUUACUCGUCUUGUGUCCAGAGGCUGUGCCUUUUAUUUGUAUGAGGACUUAUACAGUGUAAGAUUUGCAUUUUUAAUUGAAUUUUUUACUUUUUAAUUUUGUAAUUUGAAUUUCAUUGAAUUUAUUUUUUAUUUGAAUUUUUAAUUUCAUCACAUCAUUGCUGCUUGCUGAGAACGUUUUGACUCAUGAUUCCACAUCCAAUAUAUUUGCUCUCCUUCCUAGCCUAGUGUCACCUACAGAAUUGGUAACCUUUUCUUCUUACGUCUUAACCUUGUUAAGACGUAUCAUGAUUAGGGUAGGGCCAAAUAUAGACUCUCUCAGCUCUCCGUCAAUACCCUUUGGGUUUAGUUACUCUCUAAGUUGCGCAUCUGUAGAACUGUGCAAUAAUGUAGCCCACCUCUUCCCCUUUUCCACUGGAUGUAAUGAAGGACUGUUCAGUGGCAGAGAUCAAGAUAUGUUACGUCUGCUUUUCCUUGCUCUGCCUGUCUAACAAUCCUCUCGAAAGAGAAACUGAGGUCAGCUUGGCCUGCUUGAUUUUUAUCGAACCCUUGUGGGUCAUUGGUGCUUGUUACUUUCUUUUCUAAAUGCUCCCAAAAUAUCUGAUAAACCAUUUUAGAAUUCUGUUGUGGAUGAACACCAAGUUGACUAGUCUGUUGUUUCUAGAAUCUACCUUAUUUUUCUUUUAAAAAUCAAGACAGUUCUGCCUGCCCUCAUCCUUUACUGUUCUCCCUAAUUUCUUGGAGGUUACUGCCUGGACUGGAGUCUCGUUGGUAAUUGUGGCAGUGCCGUGAGACAAAAUUUGUUUAUGCUGGAAUACUUGACUCAUGUACAAGGAACCCUUACCUGUCUUGAACUUCAUUUCCUUGUCCGCCCUUUUUGUCCACUUGUUUUCAGGUUCAAGACCUUCCUUUUUGAUAGAAAAGAUCAGAGCAAAAUUGAGAGUAGGGAAUGUUUGCUUUCUUUCUGUCAUUGCCUCAAGUGAUAGACACAUCUUUUUUACUUUUUCUUGGUCUAAAAACUGAAAAUUGCCUAAAACAAACAAAUAAAGAAAUUAAACAAACAAAAAAAGAACAAAGGCUUAUUUUAUAUUCUCUGUCAUUUCCCCCAAGCUGUGUGUGUCACUCUCCUGUAUUUACCCACUUCUAUUUCCUCUCCCAUUGUGCAGACUCAUUUUGAAAAAAAAAAAAAAUCUGAACUCAUCCAGA